UCCUAAAAAGAAUUUCCAACCCCAGGUUCAUAUUAUCCCGAACUCCCAUUGUGACCGCCACGUCUACAAAUAGCUUCUUCCAACGUUGAAUAUUCAAUUCAUGCAUCUGAAAAAGAAAAGCCUUCCAUAGCAGCCUAAGAAAUGAAGAGCUCUACCUUGUUCGCUCUCUUUCUACUUUCUGCCAUCUUCACCUCAUACCUACCUUCUGCAACCGCUGAUGUCGUGCUCGACACGGAUGGUGGUGUUCUUCAAAAUGGUGGCCAAUAUUCUGUGUUGCCGGUCAUGAGAGGAAGUGGUGGUGGACUAGUAGUACGUGCAACUGGAAAUGAAAGAUGCCCUCUCACUGUUGCGCAAACUCGCAAUGAGCUCGAUAAGGGGAUUGGAACAAUUAUUUCAUCCCCAUUACGAGUCGCUGUUAUCGCCGAAGGCCAUCCUUUGAGCAUUUCGUUCGGUUUUUUUCCAGUUAUGCCGUCUUGUAUCCCUCUUACUGGUGAUUGGGGUAUUGUGGAUGGUCUACCUGAAGGACCCGCUGUUAAACUUGCUGAGUACAAAAACAUAGUAGAUGGUUGGUUUAAAAUUGAGAAAGCUCACCCUCUCGGUUAUAAGCUUUUGUUCUGUCCACUGCUUGAGGGUAGCACAUGUGGGGAUAUUGGAAUUCAAACUGAUGAUGAUGGAAUCAGGCGUUUGGUGGUGACUAAGAACAAUCCAUUACUGGUUCAGUUUCAGAAAAUUGGAUGGAUACUGACGAAGAACAAUCUUUUGCUUCCUGGCAGUGAGUGAGAGACAAGUGUAAGACUAAAUAAAUGUUUCGGUUACGUGCAUCGCUCUUUUUACUGUAAUCCUGUUUAAUUGAUGUAAUAUUAAUUAUAAAAGUCAGUUCAUACUUAUCGAUUAUAUUUAAUUUUUAUUUUA